AAGAGGUCUUCCUCCGAUUGAAGUUCAGUGCGUUUUCCUUCGACCCGCGCACGAAAUGUCAACGAUGGGCAGCUCUCUGUGCGCCGCGGCACUUUUAGCUUUUCUGGUAUUUUCUUUAAGUCUUUUUGUGAACAGUUGGCACUUCAGAGUUCAUAAAGGAAUUUUUACCAAUGGAACUAUUGAGGAUGGUUUUGUUAUGGAUCGUAACGGAUUAGUUCGAGAACUCAACGAAAGACGCAAGGAAAUUCUUCCUUUCCUCAUCUCUUCUGGGCUCCGAGGCCACUGCGAGGACAGUGUGGGGGCAGGAGGCAUCACAGCCAUCCUGGAGCAGGGCUUCCCACUGCAGAUGAUCCAGCUCCUACAGAGCCCCUGGGAGGAACGAUUUCGGGUUUGUUUGGGCCUGGUGAGGCUUCUCCACUACCUCUCCCACUCCCCUCUGGGCUCAGUGGCUCUAUUGGACUUCCAGCCCCGUCAGUUUGUCAUGGUGUCUGGGGAGCUGAAGCUCACAGACCUGGAUGAUGCCAGCGUGACGGAGCCUGCCUGUCAGAUGGACCAGGACUGCAUCUUACAGUUCCCCCUUCGCAACUUCAGCCUGCUCUGCUCGGCCCAGGGAGUGUGUGAGGGCCUCAACGAGAUGAGGAAUCUCUACAACGCCUACAGGUAUUUCUUCACCUAUCUGCUGCCUCACCAAGCCCCGCCUGCUCUGAGACAUCUGGUGGAUCACAUCAUGAACUCAACGGGAGAGCUGAAAGGGGAUGUGAAUGACACGCUGGAAGCUUUUGAAGACAUGUUCCAUCUGUACAAAUCCGGCCUGCAUCUGGACAACAUGCCUUCGUCAAUAAUCAGAGAUUAUGCAGUCAUGAAAGGCAUGAGCACCUCUGGAAAUAUGGAAUACAGAUGCUGGCCCUCGUACAACCACCAAGGCUGCAUGCUGUCGGUGCACAGCGACAAGGAGGCGGCCUUUAUCUGUAACUCCCUUCCUCAGUGCACUAGCUUCAGCCUGAGCGACCAGAGGACUUGGACAGGACGGCUCCUCGCCUCGUUCCAAAGUGGUUUCAGCCAUUUGGUUACAGAUGGGAACUCAGAGGUGUAUUUGAAAAAGACAAAAGCAUCACCAGGAACUACGGUGUAAGGAGUGGGACAAUGGGAGUUGGGGAAUGCAGGGAGAAUGUGAUAUAUUUAUAGGGCUUUUGAUCUGGCUGCCAAUCCUGCAUGCUGCCAAUAUUUAUUUAAAGGGAUUCCCCAUCAGAUAUAAUUAUGAAAAAAUAGUGUCCUCACUGUUCAGUCCCCCCUCUCUCUUUAUUUGCAUUGUGUGUUGUGUUUGCGAGGCUACAUUGGUCCAGUGGUCGGACUCGAAGCCCCACUCUGACUGAUGCCUGGAUGAGAAAAAAAAACCAACUACACUUUGAUGUUAAUGCGCCAUGAAACUUUGUGGCUUGGCAUAGGGAUACGGGUUUAUGCAUUGAGGGCUGCACAUGGUAACAAGCAUAUAAGUGCUUUACAUCACAGCAGUUGGCCCAGAUGAUUACAACUAUUCCAGUCCCCAGUAGUUGCCUUUGAUUUUAAUGCCAAAUUAAGUUAAUGCCAUAUGUGAUGUUAAAAUAUAAUUAUCAUUACAUUGUUUGUGUAUAAUAUGUACACCUUGUGGGUGUGAACCUGUUUAACUUUUUCAAUGAAAGGGAUUCUGUUCAAUGACAAUUCAUUCUGUACUUGACAUUCUGUACUUUGUUAUUAUGGUUGUUUUAUAUUAUAAAUACUUU